AUGGCACCACUUGCUCGCUUGGCGGCGAAUUCGACUCGCCUCCUUCAAUUGCACAAGACAGUGCCGCAAUGGCAAUUGACCGACGGCCACCUGUCAAUCAAGAGAAAAUUUCAUUUUAAAGAUUUCAACGAGGCAUGGGGAUUUAUGUCUCGAGUCGCCCUGUACGCAGACAAAAUGGAUCACCAUCCUAACUGGAAUAACGUCUAUAACACCGUCGAUGUGGAGCUAUCAACUCACGACGCAGCUGGGUUGACAGAGAAGGACUUUGCUCUUGCGAAAUUCAUGGACGACGCGGCAGAGAAUUUCGCAAACUAA